AUGACCUCCACAAGCACGAUAGAUGCUGUGCCUGCGGCGCCCAUUGCUGGUGGUAAUGGUACUGGCAAUUGUACUGAUAGUCUUGCUGCGCUCUUGGCGCAAUUGAACAUCACUGGGAAGCAGGCAUCCGAUGUGACCUCCACGAUCCACGGCGUGGUGCAGAACGCAUUGGUCGCUGCUGUUUCUGCCAUCAGCACUGUUUCCACCACUACCACCUCAGUUCCACUCACACCAGCGCCAACUCCAGUUCCGGUGUCUGCCCCAUCUGUCACCAUCUCUCCUGCAACGUCAGGUGUCACUGUGCCACCUGUGUCAGCGCCCAUACCACCUACAGCCUCAGCUCCACUCACACCAGCGCCAACUCCAGUUCCAGUGCCUGCCCCAGCUGUCACCGUCUCUCCCGCGACGUCAGGCGUCACCCAGCCUCAGGUCAAUGUGACCUACGACAUACCUCCAAACGAUGCUAUGGGACCCUUCUAUUGGGUGACUCGUGGACGCCGCAUUGGCAUCUUCUCCACUUGGCAGCAGACUUCUUCCCAUGUUAUUGGCGUGAGCAGGGCCUCGUUUUCUAAGGUGCGCUCAGUAGCCGAAGGCAUCCAGUUGAUGGAAGCGGCAAUCGACCGCGGUGAAACGGAGAUAUUGCCCUAA